CGCAAUACCCCCACGAGAGUUUGAACGACGUUUUAUUUUUGUUGUUAUUAAUAUUGUUGUUGUUGUUGUUUGAACGUGAACAACACGCAAGAAGUCAACACUUACACCCAGACACGGGGAGGGAUUUAAACGUGCGCCAACAUUCGGCACGCAGACUAAUACAGCCGUGCUCAUUGCGACGCAUCCGAGCGGUGGCUACUGGAGUUUGUGAGGAGUACCCUGACCGGGCUUAACGAUGUCUGAAGUUCUGCUGCCGCGCACCCUGGCCAUCGUGAAGCCAGAAGCUCUGGAAGCGGCGACUCAAAUCCGAGAGUGCAUCGCACAAGCGGGAUUCACUGUGCUACAGUGCCGGCGCGUGCACCUCAGCCCCGAGCAGGGCAGCGAGCUGUACAGCGAGCACUUUGGCAAGAUGAUUUUCCCCAGCCUGGUGGCGUACAUGAGCUCCGGUCCCGUGCUGGCCAUGGUUCUGGCUCGGCACCGAGCCACGGAACUCUGGCAGCAACUCAUGGGACCCAGAAACAGCGAGAAGGCUCGGCAGAGCCACCCCGACAGCUUGCGUGCGCUGUACGGCACGGACGAGCUGCGGAACGCCGUCCACGGGAGUGACAACCCUGCAGCUGCCGAGCGAGAAAUACGGUUCUUCUUCCCCGACGCCGUUCUGGAGCCGAUCCCGGAGAGUCCGGCCGCUCGCGAGUACCUGGAGAGGUCGGUGAAUCCCACUCUGCUCGCCGGACUCACGCAGCUCUGCAAGCACAAGCCAGCCGAUCCGGUGGUGUGGCUUGCCGACUGGCUGGUGCGGAAUAACCCAAACAAGCCCGCCGUGACGGACGGACAACAGGAGGACGACGAAGGUCGAUAAGAGGAGGAACGCGAAGGAGUGGAUAGUUAUUUUUAAACCGCAAUUUUGCCGGCCGUUUCCAUGUUUGACGGUUAUUUAAAGCUUGGCGGUUACAUAUUGGGUUAACCCAACUGGAUACCAAUUGUCUCACUGGUAGAAAAUGGCCACAUUACGAUUCACACGUUCAAUUUCACUCUCCAUUAUAAAAAAAAAAUUAUUGCUAUAAUUUUAUCCCGAUUGUCACGAGAAUCCAGUCGAAGAUCUCGCAGAGCAGUGCACCCCUUCCUGUAAAGAGAACGGCCUCUAAAAAUUGCAUAUCACAGCGCUGUCUCUGAGAUCCCCUUCGGGUGAUCUGCGCUCCACACAGCAGGUGGCGGUGUUCUCCAACAUGCCCUGCAUGUAAGAUUCACGUUUGUCGCGCGGCAGUGAAACUGAUCAUUUAACAUUCAGAGCUGGCCUUUUGGCAAGUUAAAUGCAGAACCAAAUUUAAUGCGCUCACGGCUUUUGUUGUUGCGCGGCGAUUGGCGAUCGGUACCGAGACCACCGACUCACUGCAUGAAAACUCGGUUUUACCAUGGGCGGUGGCGAAACCUGGAUCCGAAUCCAGGAUCUGAUCCAAUGCCGAGCUCUGUGGCAGUGAUGAAACCUAAAUCCGAAUCCAGGAUCUGAGCACCCGGACUCAGCGCUGUGACCUCUUAGCCACUCGGACCCCUUUUCUUGAUCGCACGUCAUUCCCAGAUUCACAAUAAAAAAUAAAACAUGCAUUGAACGUGCA